AUUUCGUGUUGUGCAUACAAAAUUUGAAAUACUUGCGUUUAUUUAAAUUUUAAGAAUGAAGGUAUGCAACCAUGAUAGCUACAAUUAACUCUGCGACUAAUACGUCCUCUAGUGGACGUGAGAGUAAAAAUUUGAGAAAUCAAGGUACAAGCGUGUAAGUUAAAAAUACGCAACAAACAUAAAGAACAAAAAGAACGCAGAUUCGCACGAUGACAACGAAAUUUUCGUAGUAAAACAUAAUUAUGUGAGCAAUACAACAAGAGUCAACAGAAAAGCAGCUAACACUGUAAGGUAACCAAGAAUUCAGCAUAAACCCAACAAAUUCACUUCGCCCCAAAAUUGCACUUGGAUCUUUUGUUUAUUUACGUUAUAUUCGACGGAAAAUUUCACGUUCCAGCAUCGAAAAAACAUUGGCAACCUAUUAAAAUGCAGCGCGAUGAUUUAUCCAGCCUCUACGAAGUGUUGAAGAACGAUAGUGCCCCAAUUCUAUGCUCCAGGAGUAAGUUAUCACUCUCUACCAAUUUACUGCAGAAGGUCAAUGCAAAAUUGGUGGCACUAAUGCCAUAUGGCCUUAACUGCUCAUAUGAGCACAUGGAGGACAACAUCUCAGAUGCUGUGGAUCUACAAAUGCUUUACAAUGCUGUGGAACAAACAUUAGCUUUAAAAAUUUUCAAUGACUGCAAUCAAAUGACAAUGGUAACUGAACAUGACCCAAUUGAUCUGCAUUUCUUCAGGAAUCUCAAACUGUUGGAAGUACAGAGAUUCAGCAUGUGUUUAGUGAAAGGUCUAAAAGCAUUGAGAUCACAACUCAGGUUUGUAACAUGCAUGAGGAGUAUGGAUUCUUUAAAAGAUGUUCUUGAGCUGUGUGGUGCAGACAAAACUCAAGGAUAUGUCUGGAGUGAACUCAAGGAGGCUAUCUUCUCUCAUAAUUAUUUGCAUUCAAUGGAUGCAAGCCUGGAGUUUGUUCCAGUUCUAGAGAAUCUAGAUUUGAGCUACAAUUCAAUAAAAUACAUAGAAAAUGUGAACUACUUAAUGAAUCUGAAACAUCUCAACCUUGCCAAUAACAAAAUUGAAGUACUGCCGAAAUUUUCAAAUUAUUUUAAAUUGGAAACUCUUAUUCUUAAAAACAACUACAUUGAGGACCUGACAAAUCUUGAAGACUUGCUAAGUUUAGAAAAUUUAGACGUCAGUUGCAAUUGUUUGAUAAAUGUUGAAACAUUGUAUGUUUUAAACCAUUUGAAACUCUUGAAAAAGUUGCAAUUGCAUGGAAAUCCAUUGUGCUAUCAUAAGAAUUAUAGGGGCACAGUGUGUACGUUUUUAUUUGCUAGUUUAAGCAAAGAUUUUAUGUUGGAUGGGAAACUGUUAAGUGCCUCAGAAUUGAAGCAGAUUGAUUCAAUGCCUAAACUUGAAGUUGUUAUGGAGAGUUCAGGUUCUUAUCAGUCAAUUUCUGGGGCGACGGUUAUAUAUGCUGAAGGUGGUCGGGAAAUGAAUUCGCAUGGAUCAUUCCAGUCAUUUGCCACGACCAAUACUGUAAUUGAGGCUGUGAAAAGAUAUGAGCAGACAUCGGAUAUGGAAAUAAGCCAAACGAGCGUGGAAACUAGAAUUGAGCCGAAAAGUCGACAGAUUGAUCUCGUUAGGACCUUGGAAUGUGGAAUGCAGGAUAGCGGGAUAGUUGCAGGACAUCAGAGGCCUGCUUCUCCCUCUGAUAGUAUAGGAUCAGCAAAUUCAUUACAUGAAUGUUUACAAAUCACGAGCCUGAAGCGUUUCAGUGAGAGCGAUAUUUCAAUCCUAAGCAAUCCGAGCCAAAGCAGCAUUGAGGUGUUAUCUGAGAAUACGCCGAAAUGUGUUCAAUCGACAAUCGUAUUAUCUAGCAAUUUAACCGACAUGUGCCCCGACGAAGAGCUCAAGAAAGUCGGCGAAGAGAUGCAUCGUUCUUUAUGACGAGCUCUGAUACACUUUUAGACAAAAUGACAAAACAUGUACAAGUUAGCCAGAAAAACUCAGGUAUCCUACAUCACUUGUUUGUGUAUGGAAGUAAUAUAUUUUUAAAGAUGGAAUUUAUGAACAAUACAAAUACUUAUUAAAUGUUA